GUUAUAAGACCCUUUUGAAAGGAAUUUCAGGGAAGUUCAGCAGUGGAGAACUUGUUGCAAUUAUGGGUCCUUCAGGAGCUGGGAAGUCAACGCUCAUGAACAUUCUGGCAGGAUACAGAGAGACGGGAAUGAAAGGAGAAAUUCUCAUCAAUGGACAGCCUCGUGACCUGCGCUCUUUUCGCAAAGUCUCCUGCUACAUCAUGCAAGAUGACAUGCUCCUUCCUCAUCUGACUGUCCAGGAAGCUAUGAUGGUAUCUGCUCAUCUGAAACUUCAAGAGAAGGAUGAAGGCAGGAGAGAAAUGGUAAAGGAAAUAUUGACAGCCCUCGGUUUGCUGACAUGUGCCAAUACGAGGACUGGGAGCCUUUCUGGAGGCCAGAGAAAGCGUCUUGCCAUUGCUUUGGAGCUGGUGAACAAUCCUCCUGUCAUGUUUUUUGAUGAACCAACCAGCGGCUUGGAUAGUGCAUCAUGUUUUCAGGUUGUCUCUCUGAUGAAGGCUUUAGCCCAAGGUGGCAGGUCCAUCAUCUGCACAAUUCACCAGCCCAGUGCUAAACUGUUCGAGUUGUUUGAUCAGCUCUAUGUUUUAAGUCAAGGUCAAUGCAUUUACCGUGGGAAGGUAUUAAACCUAGUCCCUUACUUGAGAGAUUUGGGUUUGAAUUGCCCAACCUACCACAAUCCAGCAGAUUUUGUUAUGGAAGUAGCAUCUGGUGAAUAUGGAGACCAGAACGGCCGGCUGGUAAGGGCAGUACGGGAGAGGAUAUGUGACACAGACUACAAGAGAGAUGUUGGUGGUGAGAAUGAGUUGAAUCCCUUCCUCUGGCACCGGCCUUCUGAAGAGGAUUCCUCCUCCACGGAAGGCUGCCACAGCUUCUCUGCCAGCUGCCUAACCCAGUUCUGUAUCCUCUUCAAAAGAACUUUUCUCACCAUCAUGAGGGAUUCGGUCCUGACACACUUGCGUAUCACCUCACACAUUGGCAUUGGACUGCUCAUCGGCUUGCUCUACUUAGGCAUUGGCAAUGAAGCUAAGAAAGUCCUCAGCAACUCUGGCUUCCUCUUUUUUUCCAUGUUGUUUCUUAUGUUUGCUGCGCUCAUGCCAACUGUCCUUACAUUUCCUCUUGAGAUGGGAGUGUUUCUUAGAGAGCAUCUGAACUACUGGUACAGCCUGAAAGCCUACUAUCUCGCCAAAACCAUGGCUGAUGUUCCGUUUCAGAUCAUGUUUCCUGUGGCUUACUGCAGCAUUGUGUACUGGAUGACUUCACAGCCAUCUGAUGCACUCCGGUUUGUCCUUUUCGCAGCCUUGGGAACCAUGACAUCCCUGGUGGCUCAGUCACUGGGUCUUCUCAUAGGUGCAGCUUCUACAUCCCUCCAGGUGGCCACUUUUGUGGGCCCAGUUACUGCCAUCCCGGUGCUUCUGUUCUCUGGGUUUUUUGUCAGCUUUGAUACCAUCCCAACAUACCUCCAGUGGAUGUCCUACAUUUCGUAUGUCAGAUAUGGGUUCGAAGGAGUUAUUCUCUCCAUCUAUGGACUGGAUCGAGAGGAUCUGCAUUGUGACAAAGAUGAUACUUGCCAUUUUCAAAAAUCAGAGGCCAUUCUGAGAGAACUGGAUGUAGAAAAUGCCAAACUUUACCUGGACUUCAUUGUUCUUGGAAUUUUCUUCUUCUCUCUGCGCCUAAUUGCCUAUUUUGUUCUCAGAUACAAAAUCCGAGCAGAGAGGUAAAAGAAAAACAGCUAAAAUGAUGCAGUAGGAUGAUCUUUAGACAUGCUGUAGAGGGCACUUGACAUUGUCUCACUGUGGCAGGCCAGUCUCCAGUGCCCAGCUAGAUGCUGUUAUGACCUAGCCCAUAGAGAACCACAAUGGGAUAGUGGACAUAUAGUGUUAAGCCAAUCAGUCCAGUUGGGUUGGGUCAUGUUUUCAUUACACUUUCUAGCUUUAACUAGGAAGAAGAAAUAGAAGGGAAUUUUACACCAGAGAAUAUCAAUACUGAGGCAAUGCAACUGUAAUAAAAAGCCUGGCUGCAGGAACUUUCCUUAUGAAAAACGGUUUUGUGAUAAGGAAUACUAAUCCUGGUAGCCAGAAUAGUAUAAUGUCAUCUCCAGGUGACAAGAUAAUGAGAUGCAAAAUGGGGAAUGCAAACAAAAUAGGAUUCUCUCAUCUUUUUAAAUUCA